AUGGAGAAGGAAGUGGCAGCGCGGGUGUUUGCGGAGGUGGAGCAUGUGGACCAGUUACGCGCGGCCAUUCGGGGGUGCACCUACUUCGACGAACGCCGCGUAGACGACUACGUCGUGUUCAACUACAAGAUGGGCCACGCCGAUACCUUUCCAAACCCGGCCUUGGCUCCCGACCCCACCACCCGAGAACACUGGCUCCUCCGGCGUGAGUGCCGGGGCAUCGUGUUUCAUGCGGAGACGGGCGCAUUGUUGGCGCGACGCUUCCACAAGUUCUUCAACGUCAACGAACUGGACGAGACUCUGCCAGAUCGCACGCUGACCAAGUCGCGCAUUGUAGAGGAGAUCGAUUUGCAGGCCACGGGCUACGUGGUGCUCGAGAAGCUGGACGGCAACUUCGUAUCGCCCUUCUACACCCAGGGCGAGCUCAAGUUCGGCACCAAGACGAGCCACCGAAACGGCGAGGCGCGCCAGGUCAACGCCUUUGUCGCCAGCCACGACGGCUACCUGGCCUUCAGCCGGGACUGGGUUGAUCGGGGCUUCUCGCCCAUCUUCGAGUGGUGCAGCCCGUGCGACAAGCGGGUGGUGAAGUACCACGAGCCCACGCUCACCCUCACCGCCAUCAGAAACAACAAGACCGGCGAGUACGUGCUGUACGAGGAGAUGCAACAGAGCGCGGCGCAAGCCGGCAUUCCGGUAGUCAAGGCUUGGCGUGGCUCGGCCGAGAGUGUGAGUGAUCUGCUCGCCAAGAUCGGUCAGGAAGAGGGACUGGAGGGCUGUGUGCUGCGCUUCGACGACGGGCGGAUGUACAAGAUCAAGACCUCGUGGUACAGCACGCAGACGGUCAACUCCGAUCUGAUCUGCCAGGAGCGGAUCAUCUGGCAGCUCAUCCUCAACAACAACAUGGACGACGUCAAAGGAUCGAUCAAGGCACAGCCGGCAGAGGGCGAGGAGUCCUCGGGCGGCAGGCGCACGAUCGAGCUGCUGCGGAAGAAGAUCGACCGCUUCUCCGCCCAGCUCUACGGCAAUGUGGAGGCCAAGGCCCGAGAGCUGCUCGACCGAGUCAUCCAGGCCCGGCGCGACACCGCCGCCAGCGGCGGCGGAAGCAGCGAAGCAGCGCAGGACGCCCGGCAGCUGGCGGCCAGGCUCGAGCAAGAGGCCGCCGCAUACGAGAAGGCGUUGGUGCGACGGCUGGUCAAGCGCUUCGCAUCGCUGGAGUCGAUCGAGCGGCUCGCCGCUGGCCCUGGCGAUGGUGGCGAGACUGCCUAUCGAGAGGCGCUGGACCUGUUCCUGGAGGAGACGAUCGGGUUCAUGGUCGAAGGCACCGAGAAGAAGCACACCUUCGACACCGUGGUCCGCCCCCUUGGCAGCUCUCUCUACUUCUACUGA